GCCAUGAGGAUCCCCGGUCCUUAGGCCACCUCCGAGGUCCCCCAUGGCUCUGCCAGUUUGGACCCUGAUGCUGCUAGUGGGGUCCGCCUGGGGCCAGGAACAAGUGCCUUUCCCUGUGUGGAGACCGGACUCUCUAGACCUGGGGCUGACGGCGCACACUUCGAGGGAGGAUUCCAUUCUCUCCAAGUGUGACUUUGAAGACAAUUCCAGACCUUUCUGUGACUGGUCUCAAAUGUCUGCAGAUGAUGGGGACUGGGUUCGGACUACUGGACCCUCCCUGACUGGCACUUCUGGCCCCCCUGGGGGGUACCCCAAUGGAGAGGGGUAUUACCUGCACAUGGAUCCCAAGACCUUCCCUCGGGGCGGAGUGGCACGCCUGCGUAGCCCCGACAUAUGGGAGCAAGGUCCCCUUUGCGUCCAUUUUGCCUUCCACAUGUUCGGGCUGUCGUGGGGCGCCCAGCUCAGACUGCUGCUGUUCAGGGGCCGGAAGCAUCUCCGGCCCUAUAUACUCUGGAAACACGUGAACACCCAGAGUCCCUCUUGGAUGCCCACCACUGUCACUGUACCAGCAGAUCAUGAUAUACCAAGCUGGCUGAUGUUUGAAGGCAUGAGAGGAAACACCGCCUACCUGGACAUCUCUUUGGAUGGCCUCUCUAUCCGGCGGGGUACCUGCAAUCGGAUCUGCAUGUCUCAAAUGUGUACCUUUGAUACUCUAAAUGAUCUCUGCGGCUGGAGCUGGGUCCCAACUGCCACUGGGGCUAAGUGGACCCAGAAGAAGGGAUCAACAGGGAAGCAGGGUGUGGGGCCUGCUGAAGACUUCUCUAACCCUGGUAAUGGCUACUACAUGCUCCUGGACUCUACGAAUGCAAGGCCAGGACAGAAAGCUGUUCUUCUGAGUCCCCUGAGCCACUCCAGAGGCUGUAUGACCCUGUCUUUCCACUACAUAAUGCAUGGCCAGGGACAUGAAGAAGGCCUUUUUGUUUAUGCUACAUUUUUGGGCAACAUCCGGAAAUACACUCUCUUCUCAGGGCAUCCUGGACCUGACUGGCAGGCUGUGUCUGUCAAUUACACAGGACAGGGACAGAUACAGUUCAUGGUAGUGGGUGUGUUUGGAAAUAUACCAGAGCCAGCAAUAGCUGUGGAUGCCAUCAGCAUAGCUCCCUGUGGAGAGAGCUUUCCCCAGUGCGACUUCGAAGACAGAGUUCAUCCUUUCUGCGACUGGAACCAGGUGUAUGGAGACAUCGGACAUUGGAGCUGGGGAAGUAAAAGUGUGCCUACCCUCAUUGCAGGGUCCCCAAGAGAGUUCCCAUAUGGAGGGGAGCAUUACAUUUUCUUCGAUUCAGUGAAGUUAUCCCAGGAGGGGCAGUCUGCCAGGUUGGUGAGUCCACCAUUCUGUGCACCUGGGGACAUCUGUGUGGAGUUUGCUUACCACAUGUACGGCCUUGGCAAAGGUACCACACUCAAGCUCCUGUUGGGAAGUCCUGCGGGUAGUUCUCCCAUUCCUCUGUGGAACCGUGUCGGGUCUCAGAGCUCUGGCUGGAUGAAUAGCUCUGUCACCAUCCCUAAGGGACAUCAGCAGCCCAUGCAGUUGUUUAUUGAGGCCACCCGGGGCACCAGCACUGCCUUUGUUGUCGCUCUGAACUUCAUCUUGAUCUCUCAUGGACCAUGUCGGGUAUUGCUGCAGACAGAGAUUCCUUCCAAUCCUCUGCUUCCACCUACUGGCCCUUCUGAAUCUACUGUUCCUAUGCUCCCCAUGGAGCAGUCCACCACCCCUACAGAAGCAACCACUGUUACCAUAGAAAUACCCACCACUCCCACGGAAGAGACCACCAUCCCCACAGAAACAACCACUGUCCCCACAGAAGUGAUCAAUGUCUCUCCUGAAGAGACCAGUAUCCCCCCUGAGGAGACCAUUCCUACAGAAGUUAUCACUGUAUCUCCUGAAGAGAUCAUUUCCCCCACAGAGGUGACCCCUGUCCCCACAGAUGUAACAGGUGCCUACGUGGAAGCGACCAAUGCCUCUCCUGAAGAGACCAGUGUCCCCCCUGAGGAGACCAUCCUUACAGAAGUUACCACUGUUUCUCCUGAAGAGACCACUGUCCCCACAGAAGUUCCUAUUGUCUUCAUAGAAGCGACCGCAUUCCCCACUGGAGAGACCACUCUCUACACAGAAGUGCCCACUGUAUCCACUGAAGUGGAGACUAUCUCUACAGAAGUUACCAUUGUUUCUCCUGAAGAGACCACUUUCCCCACAGAAGUGCCUACUGUCCCCAUAGAAGUGACCACUAUCCUCAAUGGAGAGACCACCCUCCCCACAGAAGUGCCUACUGUGUCCACAGAAGUGACUAAUGUCUCUCCUGAAGAGACCAGUGUUCCUCCUGAGGAGACCAUCCCUACAGAAAUAACCACUGUUUCUCCUGAAGAGACUGUUUUUCCCACAGAAGGGACCACUCUCCCCACAGAAGUGCCUACUGUCCCCAUAGAAGUAACCACUUUUCCCACUGGGGAGACCACUGUCCCCACAGAAGUACCCACUGUCUCCACAGAAAUGACAGGUGUUCACACAGAAGUAACCACUGUUCCUCCUGCCAGCAUCCCUCCUGAGGAGACUACCACCCCAACAGAAGUGACCACUACUCCUCCUGAAGAGACCACCAUCCCUACAGAAAUAACCACUGUUCCUCCUGCCAGCAUCCCUUCUGAGGAGACCACCACCCCAACAGAAGUGACCACUACCCCUCCUGAAGAGACCUCCAUCCCUACAGAAGUGACCACUGUUCCUCCUGCCAGCAUCCCUCCUGAGGAGACCACCAUUCCUACAGAAGUAACCACUGUCCCUCCUGAAGAGACCACCAUUCCUACAGAAGUAACCACUGUCCCUCCUGAAGAGACCUCCAUCCCUACAGAAGUGACCACUGUUCCUCCUGAGGAGACCACCACCACAACAGAAUUGACCACUUCCCCUCCUGAAGAGACCAGCAUCCCUACAGAAAUGACCACUGUUCCUCCUGCCAGCAUCCCUCCUGAGGAGACUGCCUCCCUGACAGAAGUGACCACUACCCCUCCUGAAGAGACCACCAUCCCUACAGAAGUGACCACUGUUCCUCCUGUCAAGACCACCAUCCCUACAGAAGUGACCACUGUUCCUCCUGUCAGCAUCCCUCCUGAGGAGACCACUGUCCCUCCUGAAGAGACCACCAUUGCUUCUGAAGAGACCACCGUCUCCACUCAAGAGACCACUCUCCUUACAGAGCAAUCUGCUGCCACUCAAACAUCCAUAGCAUGUAGACCACCCUGUCCAAGUCCUCCACUAAUGCCCAUCAGACCACGCCUUUCAAAGCCUCCAGGUGUCUCAAUGUUCAGCAUGGCCCCGACUACAGGUAUUUCUACCACAGAGAGCUGCCCUCCAAAUGCCCACAUUGAAUUGUGUGCAUGCCCAGCAUCCUGUGAGAACCCCAAGCCCAGCUGCCAGCCCCCCUGCAUUCCUGGCUGUGUCUGCAAUCCUGGGUUUUUGUUUAGUAAUAAUCAAUGUAUCAAUGAGUCUUCCUGCAAUUGUCCCUACAACAACAAGUACUAUAAGCCUGGGGAAGAAUGGUUCACUCCCAAUUGCACAGAGCGGUGCCGCUGCUUGCCGGGUAGCCUGAUGGAGUGCCAGAUCUCUCAGUGUGGGACGCACACGGUAUGCCAGCUGAAGAGUGACCAGUACCAGUGUGAGCCCUACGGUAAAGCCACUUGCCUGGUCUAUGGGGACCUUCAUUUUGUCACCUUUGAUGAGAGGCACAUUGGCUUCACAGGGACGUGUACCUAUGUCUUGACACAAACCUGCAGCAACUCCACAGACCACUUCUUUAGGAUAACAGCAAACACCGAAGAACGUGGAGUAGAAGGUGUAUCCUGCCUGGACAAAGUUGUCAUCUCUCUGCCAGAGACUACCGUUACCAUGAUCAGUGGCAGACACACAUUGAUUGGGGAUCAGGAAGUCACCCUCCCAGCCAUACUUUCUGAUGACAUCUAUGUGGGUCUGAGUGGGAGAUUUGUGGAGCUGAGGACAACAUUUGGUUUGCGUGUGAGAUGGGAUGGUGACCAGCAGCUUUUUGUGACUGUGUCCAGUACCUACUCGGGCAAGCUCUGUGGUUUCUGUGGGAACUAUGACGGGGACAGCAGCAACGACAACCUGAAGUCAGAUGGCAUGAUGACGCACGAUGAGGAGGAGCUGAGGCUGAGCUGGCAGGUGGAAGAGGAUGAGGACAUGGACUUUACUGUCUUCUUCGGUUGGGUCUCUUCCAGGUGUCAGAAGAAGAAGAAUCCCCCAUCUUGUGACGCUGCUUUGGGGAGCACUAUGUCGGGACCCAAGUUAUGUGGACAGCUUGUCAACCCAAGUGGACCCUUUGAGGCAUGCCUGCUCCACCUGAAGGCCUCAUCCUUCCUGGAUAACUGUGUGACUGACAUGUGUAGCUUCCAGGGUCUCCAGCAGAAGCUCUGUGCUCACAUGUCAGCCAUGACGGCCACCUGCCAGGAUGCCGGCUAUCCUGUGAAGCCCUGGAGGGAACCCCAGUUCUGCCCUUUGGUCUGCCCUAAAAAUAGCAGGUACUCACUAUGUGCCAAACCAUGCCCGGAAACCUGCCAUCCUAGAUCUACUACCCAGCACUGCUCAGACAAGUGUGUGGAAGGCUGCGAGUGUGACCCUGGCUUCAUCCUCAGUGGUUCUGAGUGUGUCCCUUCAUCCCAGUGUGGGUGCACCAGCUUCCAGGGGCGCUACUUCAAGGUACAGGAGCAGUGGUUUAACCCAGACUGCAAGGAGAUCUGCACUUGUGAGAGCUACAGCCGUAUUCUCUGCAAGCCCUGGAAGUGUAAGGCUCAAGAAGCCUGUAGCUAUAAGAAUGGCGUCUUAGGCUGUCAUGCCCAAGGAGCAGCCACCUGCAUGGUGUCUGGUGACCCCCACUACCUGACAUUUGAUGGGGCUUUGCAUCAUUUCAUGGGCACCUGCACUUAUGUACUGACCCAGCCUUGCUGGUCCACAUCUCAAGAGAACAACUUUGUCGUGAGCGCCACCAACGAGAUACAUGAUGGCAACUUGGAAGUCUCCUAUGUAAAAGCUGUCCAUGUGCAGGUCUUUGACCUCAAAAUCUCCCUGUUCAAAGGUCAAAAGGUUGUGCUGAACAACCAAAGGGUGGUGCUACCCGUGUGGCCUUCGCAAGGACGGGUGACCAUUAGGUUGAGUGGCAUCUUUGUCCUGCUCUACACGAACUUUGGGCUUCAAGUUCGAUUCGAUGGAAGGCACCUGGUGGAGGUGACAGUGCCUUCCUCAUACACUGGCUCACUCUGUGGGCUGUGUGGGAACUACAACAAUAACAGUAUGGAUGACAAUCUGCGUGCAGACAUGAAGCCGGCUGGCAACUCACUUCUGCUGGGAGCUGCUUGGAAAAUCCUUGAAGCCUCUGACCCUGGCUGCUUCCUAGUCGGGGGCAAGCCCUCCCACUGCGCGGACAGCGACAUGGAUGAUGUCUGGACUAAGAAAUGUGCCAUCUUGAUGAACCCUCUUGGGCCUUUCUCUAAUUGCCAUGAGGCGGUGCCACCGCAGGCCAGCUUCUCCAGUUGUGUGUAUGGCCAGUGUGAGACCAACGGAGACAACCUAACCCUCUGCCACUCCCUGCAGGCCUACGCAUCUCUGUGUGCCCAGGCUGGCCAGGUGACUACCUGGCGGAACAGCACCUUCUGCCCUAUGAGGUGCCCACCUAGGAGCAGCUACAACCCAUGUGCCAACUCCUGCCCAGCCACCUGCCUUACCCUGAGCACCCCAAGAGACUGUCCAACGCUGCCCUGUGUAGAGGGCUGUGAAUGCCAGAGUGGCCACAUCCUGAGUGGAACCACCUGUGUGCCCCUCAGACAGUGUGGCUGCAGUGACCAGGAUGGCUCCUAUCACCUGUUGGGGGAGAGCUGGUACACAGAGAAGACCUGCACCACCCUCUGCACAUGCUCAGCCCACAGCAACAUCACCUGCAGCCCAACGGCCUGCAAGGCCAACCACGUGUGUUUGCGCCAGGAAGGACUGCUCCGCUGUGCUGCAGAGAUGGGAGAGUGUCGCAUCUCAGAGGAUUCCCAGAUCGUGAGCUUUGAUGAUCAUAGCCAUCCUAUCCAAGACACAUGUACUUACAUCUUGGUCAACGUAUGCCACCCCAACACGAACAUGCCUUUCUUCACGAUCAGUGCCAAGACCGACAUAAACACCAACGGCAAAAACAAGACUUUCGGUGUCUAUCAGCUGUACAUUGACAUCUUCAACUUCCACAUCACUCUUCAGAAAGACCAUUUAGUCCUCAUAAGCUUGAUCAAUGACUCAAUGGUCACCCUUCCCACCACCACCCACAUCCCAGGAGUCAGUGUCAUGACUGAAGACGUCUAUACCAUUGUCACAAUCAAGGAUGAAAUUCAAGUCAAGUUUGAGAGCAAUAAUUUCUUAGAUGUCAAAAUCCCUGCAUCCUCUAAUGGGAAGGUCUGUGGUGUGUGUGGCAAUUUCAACGGCGAAGAAGAGGAUGAGCUCACGACACCCGGUGGUGAACUGGCGGAGGAUGAGCAAGAGUUCAUGAAUAGCUGGAAAGAUAAGAGCAUGGACCCAAAUUGCCAGAAAAUCGAAGGGCAGAGCCUCCAAGUGGAACAGCAGGAGAUCAUGAAUGGAAAAUGCAGGCCCAUUGACUUUGAGAAAGCCCAGGCAAACUGCCAGACUGCCCUCCAGGGUCCUGCCUGGGCCCAUUGCUCCUCCCGGGUACCCAUCAAGCCCUUCUUGCUGAAGUGUAUGAACAGCUUCUGCGAAUUCAGAGACCUCUUCCGUGCUCUCUGUGAUUCUUUGCAAUCCUUUGAAGAUGCCUGCCAGAACCAGGGGCUCAAGCCACCUAUCUGGAGGAACAGCAGCUUCUGCACUCUGGAGUGUCCAGCUCACAGUCACUACACAAACUGCCUUCCCUCCUGUCCACCUUCCUGCUUGGACCCAGACAGCCGCUGUGAGGGCUCUGGCCACAAAGUCCCCGCCACCUGCAGGGAGGGCUGCAUCUGCCAGCCUGGCUAUGUGCUACAUAACAACAAGUGUGUGCUCAGAUCUCAUUGUGGCUGUGAAGAUGCUCAGGGUGUCUUCAUCCCGGCAGGCAAGACGUGGCUAUCCGAAGACUGUACCCAGAGCUGUACCUGCAUGAAAGGAACCAUGAGGUGCUGGGAUUUCCAGUGUCCCCCAGGGACAUACUGCAAGAACAGCAAUGAUGGCGGCAGUAACUGUGUCAAAAUCUCUCUGCAGUGCCCGGCCCACAGCAAGUUCACAGACUGCCUUCCCCCCUGUCAUCCUUCCUGCUCUGACCCCGAUGGCCACUGUGAGGGCAUCAGCACCAAUGCCCACUCUAACUGCGAAGAGGGCUGCAUGUGUCAACCUGGCUAUGUGCUGCGCAACAACAAGUGUGUGCUCAGAAUUGAGUGUGGCUGCCAACAUGCCCAGGGUGGCUUCAUCCCUGCAGGCAAGAGCUGGACCUCCAGAGGCUGUUCCCAGAGCUGUGACUGCAUGGAAGGGGUCAUUCGAUGCCAGAAUUUCCAGUGUCCCUCGGGGACUUACUGCCAGGACAUUGAGGAUGGCACCAGUAACUGUGCCAAUAUCACUCUGCAGUGCCCCGCCCACAGCAGCUUCACUAACUGCCUUCCACCCUGUCAGCCUUCCUGCUUGGACCCAGAAGGCCACUGUGAGGGCUUCACCACCAAAGCCCCCUCCGCCUGCCAGGAGGGCUGUGUCUGUGAACCUGACUAUGUGGUUCUUAACAACAAGUGUGUGCCCAGAAUUGAGUGUGGCUGCAAAGACGCCCAGGGUGUCCUCAUCCCCGCAGACAAGACCUGGAUCAACAAAGGCUGCACACAAAUCUGUACCUGUGUGACAGGGACCAUCCACUGCAGGGACUUCCAGUGUCCCUCAGGGACCUACUGCAAGGACAUCAAGGAUGACACCAGUAACUGCACUGAAAUCACUCUGCAGUGCCCGGACCACAGCCUCUACACCCACUGCCUUCCCUCCUGCCUGCCUUCCUGCUCUGACCCAGAUGGCCUCUGUAGAGGCACCAGCCCCGAAGCCCCCUCCACCUGCAAGGAGGGCUGCAUUUGUGAACCUGACUAUGUGCUGAGUAACGACAAGUGUGUGCUCAGAAUUGAGUGUGGCUGCAAAGAUGCUCAGGGUGUUCUCAUCCCGGCAGAUAAGACUUGGGUCAACAGGGGCUGCACCCAGAGCUGUUCUUGCAUGGGAGGGGCCAUCCAGUGCCAGAAUUUCAAGUGUCCCUCAGAGGCAUACUGCCAGGACCUGGAGGAUGGCAACAGCAACUGCACCAGUAUCCCUCUCCAGUGCCCGGCCCACAGCCACUACACCAACUGCCUUCCACCCUGUCAGCCUUCCUGCUCGGACCCUGAUGGCCACUGUGAGGGUUCUAGUACCAAAGUCCCCUCUGCCUGCCAGGAGGGUUGUGUCUGUGAACCUGACUAUGUGGUUCUUAACAACAAGUGUGUGCCCAGAAUUGAGUGUGGCUGCAAAGAUGCCCAGGGUGUCCUCAUCCCUGCAGAUAAGACCUGGGUCAACAGAGGCUGUACUCAGAGCUGCACCUGCAAGGGAGGGGCCAUCCAGUGCCAGAAAUAUCACUGCUCCUCAGGGACUUACUGCAAGGACAUGGAGGAUGACAGGAGUAACUGUGCCACAAUCACCCUGCAGUGCCCCGCCCACAGCCACUACACCAACUGCCUUCCACCCUGUCAGCCUUCCUGCUUGGACCCUGAUGGCCACUGUGAGGGCUCCACCACCAAAGCCCCCUCCGCCUGCCAGGAGGGCUGUGUCUGUGAACCUGACUAUGUGGUGCUUAACAACAAGUGUGUGCCCAGAAUUGAGUGUGGCUGCAAAGACGCCCAGGGUGUCCUCAUCCCCGCAGAUAAGACCUGGAUCAACAGAGGCUGUACUCAAAGCUGCACCUGCAAGGGAGGGGCCAUCCAGUGCAAGAAAUUUCAGUGUCCCUCAGAGACUUACUGCAAAGACAUCGAGGACGGCAACAGUAACUGUACCAGAAUCUCUCUGCAGUGCCCAGCCAACAGCAACUUCACCAGCUGCCUGCCUUCUUGUCAGCCCUCCUGCUCUCAUACGGAUGUCCACUGUGAGGAACCCAGCCCCCACUCUCUCUCCUCCUGCAAGGAGGGCUGCGUCUGUCAAUCUGGCUACGUGUUGCAUAAUGACGAGUGUAUACUCAGAAAUCAGUGUGGCUGCAAAGAUGCCCAGGGUGCUCUCAUCCCAGAAGGCAAGACCUGGAUCACCAGCGGCUGUACUCAGAGCUGUAACUGCACGGGAGGGGCCAUCCAGUGCCAGAAUUUUCAGUGUCCCUUGAAGACUUACUGCAAGGACCUCAAGGAUGGCAGCAGUAACUGCACCAAUAUCACUCUGCAGUGCCCGGCCCAUAGCCGCUACACCAACUGCCUUCCAUCCUGUCCACCCUCGUGCUUGGACCCAGAGGGCCUCUGUGAGGGCACCAGCCCUAAAGCUCCCUCCACCUGCAGGGAGGGCUGCAUCUGCCAACCUGGCUACCUGAUGCAUAAAAACAAGUGUGUGCUCAGAAUCUUCUGCGGCUGCAAAAACACCCAGGGUGCUUUCAUUUCGGCAGACAAGACGUGGAUCUCCAGGGGCUGCACCCAGUCCUGUACCUGCUCAGCAGGGGCCAUCCACUGCAGAAAUUUCAAGUGUCCCUCAGGGACCUACUGCAAGAAUGGGGAUAAUGGCAGCUCUAACUGCACCGAAAUCACUCUACAAUGCCCAACCAACAGCCAAUUCACAGACUGCCUUCCCUCCUGUGUGCCUUCUUGUUCCAACCGCUGUGAGGUCACCAGCCCAAGUGUCCCCUCCAGCUGCAGGGAGGGAUGUCUUUGCAACCAUGGCUUUGUGUUCAGUGAGGACAAAUGUGUGCCCAGAACACAGUGCGGCUGUAAAGAUGCUCGGGGUGCCAUCAUCCCGGCAGGCAAGACCUGGACCUCCAAAGGCUGUACCCAGAGCUGUGCCUGCGUGGAAGGCAAAAUCCAGUGCCAGAAUUUCCAGUGUCCCCCAGAGACCUACUGCAAGGACAGCAGUGAAGGCAGCAGUACUUGCACCAAAAUCACUCUCCAGUGCCCGGCCCACACCCAGUACACCAGCUGCCUUCCCUCCUGCCUGCCUUCCUGCUUGGACCCAGAGGGCCUCUGCAAAGAUAUCAGCCCUAAAGUCCCCUCCACCUGCAAGGAGGGCUGCGUGUGCCAAUCUGGCUACGUGCUGAACAGUGACAAGUGUGUGCUCAGGGCUGAGUGUGACUGCAAAGACGCCCAGGGUGCUAUCAUCCCGGCAGGCAAGACCUGGACCUCCCCAGGCUGUACCCAGAGCUGUGCCUGCAUGGGAGGGGCUGUUCAGUGCCAGAGUUCCCAGUGUCCCCCAGGGACUUACUGUAAGGACAAUGAAGAUGGCAACAGUAACUGCGCCAAAAUAACUCUGCAAUGCCCAGCCCACAGCCUAUUCACCAACUGCCUUCCCUCCUGUCUGCCUUCCUGCUUGGACCCGGAUGGCCUCUGUAAGGGAGCCAGUCCCAAAGUCCCCUCCACUUGCAAGGAAGGCUGCAUCUGUCAAUCUGGCUACGUGCUGAGUAACAACAAGUGCCUGCUCAGAAAUCGUUGUGGCUGCAAAGAUGCUCACGGCGCUCUCAUACCAGAAGACAAGACCUGGGUCUCCAGAGGCUGCACCCAGAGCUGUGUCUGCACAGGAGGAAGUAUCCAGUGCCUGAGUUUCCAGUGUCCCCCUGGGGCGUACUGCAAGGACAAUGAAGAUGGCAGCAGUAACUGUGCCAGAAUCCCUCUGCAAUGUCCAGCCAACAGCCACUACACUGACUGCUUUCCCCCCUGUCCACCUUCUUGCUCGGACCCAGAGGGCCACUGUGAAGCCUCUGGCCCCAGAGUCCCCUCCACUUGCAAGGAAGGCUGCCUCUGCCACCCUGGCUUUGUGCUUGAUAGGGACAAGUGUGUGCCCAGAAUUGAGUGUGGCUGCAAAGAUGCACAGGGUGCUCUCAUCCCGUCAGGCAAGACCUGGACCUCUCCAGGCUGUACCCAGAGCUGUGCCUGCAUGGGAGGGGCUGUUCAGUGCCAGAGUUCCCAGUGUCCCCCAGGGACUUACUGCAAGGACAAUGAAGAUGGCAGCAGUAACUGUGCCAGAAUAACUCUGCAGUGCCCCACCCACAGCAACUACACCGACUGCCUUCCCUUCUGUCUCCCUUCCUGCUUGGACCCCAGUGCCCUCUGUGGGGGCACCAGCCCUAAAGGCCCCUCUACUUGCAAGGAGGGCUGCGUCUGUCAACCUGGCUAUGUGCUGGAUAAAGACAAGUGUAUUCUUAAAAUUGAGUGUGGCUGCAGAGACGCCCAGGGUACUGUCAUUCCGGCUGGCAAGACCUGGCUCUCCACAGGCUGUAUCCAGAGCUGUGCCUGCGUGGAAGGGACCAUUCAGUGCCAGAAUUUCCAGUGUCCACCCGGAACGUACUGCAACCACAGCAAUAACUGUGCUAAAAUACCUCUGCAGUGCCCAGCUCACAGCCACUUCACCAGCUGCCUUCCCUCCUGUCCACCUUCCUGUGCCAACCUGGAUGGCAGCUGUGAGCAGAGCAGCCCCCAAGUCCCUUCCACCUGCAAGGAGGGCUGCCUCUGUCAACCUGGCUACUUCUUGAAUAAUGGCAAGUGUGUGCUCCAAACUCACUGCGACUGCAAAGAUGCUGAGGGUGGCCUUGUUCCGGCAGGCAAGACCUGGACCUCCAAGGACUGUACCCAGAGCUGUGCCUGCACAGGAGGGGCUGUUCAGUGCCAGAAUUUCCAGUGUCCCUUGGGGACUUACUGCAGAGACGGUGGUGACGGCAGCAGUAACUGCACCAAAAUCCAUAAGGGAGCCAUGGGGGACGGUGUGCUCAUGGCUGGAGGGAUCAGAGCUCUGCAGUGCCCAGCUCACAGCCACUUCACCAGCUGCCUUCCCUCCUGUCCACCUUCCUGCUCCAACCUGGAUGGCAGCUGCGUGGAAUCCAACUUCAAAGCCCCCUCUGUCUGCAAAAAGGGCUGUAUCUGUCAACCCGGCUACUUGUUAAAUAACGAUAAGUGUGUGCUCCAAAUUCAGUGUGGCUGCAAGGACGCCCAGGGUGGCCUCAUUCCCGCAGGCAGGACCUGGAUCUCCAAUGACUGCACUAAGAAUUGUAGCUGCAUGGGAGGCGCCAUGCAGUGCAGGGAUUUCCAGUGUCCCCCAGGGACUUACUGCAGGGAGAGCAACGAUAGCAGCAGAACCUGUGCCAAAAUCCCUCUGCAGUGUCCCGCCCACAGCCACUACACAAACUGCCUUCCCGCAUGUUCACGUUCCUGUACUGAUCUGGACGGCCACUGUGAGGGGACCAGUCCCAAAGUCCCGUCUCCCUGCAAGGAGGGCUGCCUCUGUCAACCUGGCUAUGUGGUGCAUAAUCACAAGUGUGUGCUCCAAAUUCACUGUGGCUGCAAAGACGCCCAGGGUGGCUUUAUCCCGGCAGGCAAGACCUGGAUCUCCAGGGGCUGCACCCAGAGCUGUGCCUGCGUGGGAGGGGCUGUCCAGUGUCACAACUUCACCUGCCCUACAGGGACUCAGUGCCAGAACAGUAACUGUUCCAAAAUCACUGUACAGUGCCCAGCCCACAGCCACUACACCACCUGCCUUCCCUCAUGUCUACCAUCCUGCUUUGACCCAGAAGGUCUCUGUGGAGGCACCAGCCCAAGAGCCCCCUCCACCUGCAGGGAGGGCUGUGUCUGUGAAGCUGACUAUGUGCUGCGUGAGAACAAGUGCGUGCUCAGAACUCAGUGUGGCUGCAAAGACGCCCAGGGCGAUCUCAUCCCGGCAAACAAGACCUGGCUCACCAGAGGCUGUGCCCAAAAGUGUACCUGCAAAGGAGGGAACAUUCAUUGCCGGAAUUUCAAGUGUCCCUUGGGGACUGAAUGCAAGGACAGUGUUGAUGGCAGCAAUAACUGUACCAAAAUUGCUCUGCAGUGCCCAGCCCACAGCCAUCACACCUACUGCCUCCCCUCCUGCAUCCCAUCCUGCUCUAACGUGAAUGACCGCUGUGAGAGCGCCAGCCUCCAGAGGCCCUCUACCUGCAUCGAAGGCUGCCUCUGCCACUCGGGCUUUGUGUUCAGUAAGGACAAGUGUGUGCCCAGAACUCAAUGUGGCUGCAAAGACUCCCAGGGUACCCUCAUACCGGCAGGUAAAAACUGGAUUACUACGGGCUGUUCUCAGAGAUGUACCUGCACUGGGGGACUUGUUCAGUGCCACGACUUCGAGUGCCCCUCAGGAACUGAGUGCCAGGACAUCGAGGACGGCAACAGUAACUGUGUUGAAAUCAGGUCCCACACAGACCUUGAAGGCAAGACAUGGGUCUCCAGGGGAUGUACCAAGAACUGCACCUGCAAAGGAGGGACUGUUCAGUGUCACGACUUCAGAUGCCCAACAGGGUCCCGUUGCCUGGACAAUAGUGAGAGCAACAGUAACUGUGUCACCUAUGCUCUAAAAUGCCCUGCCCACAGCCUCUAUACCAACUGCCUUCCCUCCUGUCUCCCUUCCUGCUCGGACCCAGAGGGCCUCUGUGGGGGCACCAGCCCUGAAGUUCCCUCCACCUGCAAGGAGGGCUGCUUCUGUCAAUCUGGCUAUGUGCUGCAUAAAAAUAAAUGUAUGCUUAGAAUUCACUGUGACUGCAAAGACUCCCAGGGUAGCCUUAUCAAGACCGGCCAGACAUGGAUCUCCUCUGGGUGUUCCAAGAUCUGUACAUGCAAGGGAGGAUUCUUUCAGUGCCAAAGUUACAAAUGCCCCUCGGGGACCCAGUGCGAGGAAAGUGAAGAUGGCAGCAGUAACUGUGUCUCCAGCACUAUGAAGUGCCCAGCCAACAGUCUCUACACCCACUGCCUUCCCACCUGUCUACCUUCCUGCUCUAACCCUGACGGCCGCUGUGAGGGCACCAGCCACAAGGCCCCCUCCACCUGCAGGGAGGGCUGUGUCUGUCGACCUGGCUACCUGCUCAAUAAGGACACGUGUGUGCACAAAAACCAGUGUGGCUGUAAAGAUAUCAGGGGCAACAUCAUCCCGGCAGGCAACACCUGGAUCUCCAGUGGCUGCACCCAGAGCUGUGCCUGCACGGAUGGAGUCAUCCAGUGCCAGAAUUUUUUCUGCCCAUCAGGGUCCCACUGCCAGUACAACGAGGAUGGCAGCAGUGACUGUGCAGCCAACAAACUGGAAAGAUGUACCAUCUUUGGGGACCCCUAUUACCUCACGUUUGAUGGCUUCACUUACCACUUCCUGGGUCGUAUGAACUACUAUCUCAUAAAGACGGUGGACAAGCUCCCAAGAGGGAUUGAGCCCCUGAUCAUGGAGGGGCGCAACAAAAUAUCCCCCAAAGGGAGCUCAACCUUGCAUGAAGUGACCACCAUCGUCUAUGGCUAUAAAAUCCAGCUCCAAGAAGAACUGGUGGUUUUGGUCAACGAUGAAAAGGUGGCGGUCCCCUACAAUCCAAACAAGCACUUGCGAGUCAUGCUGCGGGCUCAGCGGCUGCUUCUCGUCACAGACUUCGAAAUGGUGCUGGACUUUGAUGGAAAACACAGUGCAGUGAUCUCCUUGCCUACCACAUACCGUGGGCUGACACGGGGCCUGUGUGGAAACUAUGACAGGGACCAGUCCAAUGAACUCAUGCUGCCCAGUGGAGUGCUCACCUCGAAUGCCCAUGUCUUUGGCAACAGUUGGGAGGUGAAGGCACUGCAUGCCUUCUUCCGCUUCCGAAGGGCCCUACCAGAAGAAGAGGAAAGAGACGAAGAGCCUGACCUUCUCCAAUCAGAAUGCAGCCCAGAGCAGACUGCGCUUAUCAGCAGCACCCAGGCCUGUAGGGUGCUUGUGGACCCCCAGGGCCCCUUUGCUGCAUGUCACCAGAUCAUAGCCCCAGAGCCCUUUGAGCAGCGCUGUAUGUUGGAUAUGUGCACUGGCUGGAAGACCAAAGAAGAAGAGGAACUUCGAUGUCGUGUCCUCAGUGGUUAUGCCAUCAUUUGCCAGGAGGCAGGCGCCAACAUGACUGGUUGGCGGGACCACACACGCUGUGCCAUGACAUGUCCUGCCAAUACUGUGUACCAGCGCUGCAUGACACCCUGCCCGGCGUCCUGUGCCAAAUUUGUGACCCCCAAGGUCUGUGAAGGCCCCUGCGUGGAAGGCUGUGCCAGCCUCCCCGGCUACAUUUACAGUGACACACAGAGCCUCCCAGUGACGCACUGCGGCUGCACUACCGAUGGCAUCUAUUACAAGCUGGGUGACAGCUUUGUAACUAACGACUGCUCCCAGCACUGUACCUGUGCAAGCCAGGGGAUCCUGCUGUGUGAGCCCUAUGGCUGCAGAGCUGGGGAGUCCUGCAUGGUGGCCAACUUUACUCGAGGCUGCUUCCAGGACAGCCCUUGUCUGCCGAACCCCUGUCACAAUGAUGGCCGGUGUGAGGAGCAGGGGGCCACCUUCAUCUGCCACUGCGACUUCGGUUAUGGAGGAGAAUUCUGCACAGAGCCUCAGGAUAUCACAACCAGAAAAAAGAUAGAAGCAUCCAGCUUGGUGGCCAUCCUGCCAGGAGUGCUUGUGAUGGUGUUAGUCCCUGUCUUACUGCCCAGAGUGUACGUUUACAUGGCGACAAGAACAACCAUGGCGAGGAGGAGGAGGAAGAGGAGAGAGAAGAAACUGUUGAGACAAAUUAGGCUGGAGGAUGCAGAUGUUCCAGAGCCUACCUUCAAAGCCGCCGAGUUCUGAGCUGUCCUCAAACAGAGAAAAAUAUUUAUUUUAUUUUUUAAAA